CAGUUAAAGCCUUUUAACGAACACCCACGGUGAAGAGAAAAAGCUUGGUGGGCUUCCGCUACGCGUUCGCUACCGCCGUUGCGCCGCCUCGACGGAUUAGGUCGUCGUCCUGGAUACUUCUCCCUGGCUCCGCUUCCUUGGACGGGCGCCACACCAUGGCCGGCAAAAUUCCACCGCCGCUCCCUCCGAUCCCUCCCUCCGCUCAAUCAGUAGCCCCUCCCUCCCUCCGCUCCACUUCUCCCACCAUGGCCAAGCUCACGCCGUCCCUUCAGCAGCAGAUCGGAGAGGAGGUCCCGGCGGCCGGCGAUGUUCUUGGGGAUCCUCAACUACAGGUCGGUGGGGAGCCAAAGAUGUCCAGCAAAAUUCAUGGGAAGCUGCCGAAGAAGAUCCGCAAGAAGAAGUCCAUUGAUGCAUGUGGGGAGCUGCAGCGGGCCAGCGACGUCCGUGACAGUAACGAGGUUACCACGUCACUUCCAUUAUCAAAGAAGAGCGCCAAGAAGGUUAUAUUUUUGUGUUACAAUAAAAAAUCAGAUAAAAGUCCAACUGCAUGGACCAAAAGACCACUUUCGGAGGCUAGUGGUAGCUCAAGAGCAAAAAAGGCUGCCAAAUUGAUUAAUGCCAAGGUUGAAAUGACUCAACUGCAAAACAAGUCUAAGCCCAACCUACAAAUGCUGGACAGGAAAACCGCUAUGAAGAACAAAGAGUGGUGGAUCAUCUUGUCUCUGGUACCUGAUGUGUCAGAUGUUAACUGA